ACCCCACUCUUUCAUCAGGGAGAAAAGAUCCAGCCACAGCAACUGUUCCGCUCUCCGAGAUCUCAGCUCCCCCAUCCCCCCCCCUGCUCCUCCGGCAAUGCCUCCAUGGGCGGCCACCCCGGUGCUGCCCCUCCUCCUGCUGCUGCUCCUCGUGCAGGGGAGAGGAGGCCACGGCGCCAUCACCGUAGCCAGCCUGGAGAUGGACAUGGACAUGGACAUGGGGGUGGAGGCGCAGAUGGGCUCGGAGGAGGCUGCAGCGCACGGGCGGCUGCUGUGGGCGACCGGCGGCGGGCGGAGGUACAUCAGCUACGACGCGCUGCGGGGGGACGCCGUGCCCUGCUCCCGGCCCGGCGUGCCCUACUACAACUGCCGCGUCAGCACCACCGCCAACCCCUACUCCCGCGGCUGCGAGUCCAUCACCCGCUGCCGCGACGACGACCCUUCCUAGGUAACUACAGCAGUAAUUGAUUCUCAAAAAGCUGCUGGAUCCAGAAGGCGGCCACUGCUCAUUUUGUGUGUGUUUUGCUUGCUGGGUGGAGUAUUUUGCUGGAUCAUAUUAUCAAUAAUAUAAUGUGUCCGUGUAUGUACUGCCUAGUACGAGUAUGUAACUAAGAUCCGAUUCCAACUCCCAAGAUAUUAUCAAACGGAGGAACCUGGAUUAUAUAUUUAUAUGGAGUGUUAUAUUAUAGGAA